AUGGCGUCUAUUGCAGAGCAACUAAAGAAAGCCGAGGCGACCCUCGAAGAUGCAAAGAAGAGGGGAUCAUCGUCUGUCCCGACUCAUGAGAAGGAGGUAAAACGACUGCAAGAGGAAUUGGAGAAGCCCCAGCCUCAUCCAGCAUUACAAUUCAACGAGUAUGCUCAGUGUAUAGCGGUGAUGUGUGCUUUGAGUCUACUCAUGGCCUCCUCGCCUCUACCUCUACAGCUCAUACCAUUCUACCGCAUCUGCAGCACAGUCACAAUGAUAGCAGUGACAGGCUACGUUGUGAGGACGUCAAUCAUAUACUACGGAUAUCAACAAGAGCUCGCAAAAUGGCCCAAACCCGACGACCCGGAAGGUUCUAAACUGAAAGCUUUGAUGGCGAGUAAGAAGCCUCGUCCAGAUCUCUGGGCGCAUACACGAUCUCAUCCUUCAGCAUUCCUUACGACAAAGAACGCCCAACCGCGAUUGUUUCCCUUCCCUCUCGGAAAGACGAAGCCAGAAGCUGCUGUCAAAGAUGAGCUAUGGUGGGAGGGCGGUAAUGCGCCGCACGUCGGUCAUUUCAAUCGUCCGAAACUACCUGCGCCUCCAAGUGGGCCCGACGAGCAGACUUUGAUGAAGAGGGUGCAAGCAAGCAUGAAGCGGGAAGCUCAAGAGAACCUCUGGAGAAGGAGGAUCAGGGACAUACAGGCGUUGAGCUGUAUCGUCAUUGUGUCUUUCCUCAGCAAAAAGAUAGCAGCCAUCGCCCUCGCCGUCCUCAUCUACCGCACCGUCUCCUCCGAAAUUGCCGGCAUGCUCGAACCGCCCGACGACAUGGACAAGGUCUGGGCCGCCAUCGACAAGGUCACAAGAGGUGCUCAGAGGAACGAAAGUGCACCCAAGCCGACGCAGUUAACGGGCGGUAUGACGUACUUGUUUGAGCAAGAUGGAGAUUGGAUGAAGAAGCUGGCAGACGUACCGGUGGAUACUGUGCCGCCGCCGGUGUUGAUGACGACUACGAAUCAUUGGUAUGCUGGUCCUGGUAAUGAGAUGAAGGGGUAA